UGCGAUCAGAUUCGAUCGUCCAUGAGCCUCAAUCAAGUCCACAAACUUAAGCUCUCAUUGUUUAUGCUUCAACAUACGCUGCCGGGCUUGGACUUCCACCAUGCUGUGGAAAUUAACUUGCUUGGGCCACCCUCCUAGAGUUCAAAACUUCAAAAAGGCUGCUCAGUCCGACUCUAACCCUCAGACGAACGCCAAAUCCCACAAACCUCAACACCUUCACGCAUAAGCCAUCAUGGUUUACCACUGCCAUAGCAUAAACUCUGAUGAAUCUCCUGCUCAUAACCCAGCAGCUAAAUCUAUGCCCAAGUCCAAAAAAGUAACGAACGCACGGAGGAAUGACGCCAAGCCAACGCGCACCAAUCCUGCCAGAGCCUGCAAACAGAACCACCGUGUUGCCCAUGCUAUCAAGAAACAUCACAAACAAAGACGACGCGAGCCUAUGCACGUGUUUGUUGGCAAUCUUAAUAAAACAGUUGACGAAGACACUAUUCAAGAGUACUUCAAUCAUUGUGGCAAAAUUCUCUCUGUCGAGAUUCGCUGCAGUGGUGGUCUGGCCAUGACGACUGGUCGCCCGGAUCCAGCCUAUAUUCGCGAACAUUCUGUUAGGCAGUAUGCUAUGGUCACGUUUGUUGACGCAUCAGCUGCCAACAAAGCUUUGGAACUCAAUGGGUUUCGUCUUGGAGAAGGCGACCAAUCCUCGGAACUUGUGGUCACUCGCAGCGCCGCCGAUCUUCCAGAAGUAAUAGAAAAGGUUCAACAGCGUCUUGAAGAAUACCGCGCUCGCAACGGCUUUGCUGAUGCGAAGCGUGCUCGACAAAGCGCACUGAGAGCUCUGAAGCUCCAGCCCACCAUUUUAUUAGAUGUUCGCGGCGAUAAAGACCCGCGCGGGAAGAUCAAUAUCUUUGGCUUUUCUUUCCCGAUGCCCAUUUUUUGACUCUUCCCUGUACCUUUGUUGCCUUUGUUCCGGUCACGGUGUCUUUAGUUCUAUGUACUUAUGCCGCUAUGCCCAAGAUGCCAUUGGCCAAUAUUGAAUUCCCAAGGUUCAGCAAGUUGCACUAUGGUUUGAGAAUGAUACGCCCUG